AUGCCGUCAGUCAAUCCUUGUUCAUCAAAAACUCUGGUGAAAAAAACAAGGUCACAUGGUAUGGGAUGUUCUGUCAUAGCAAACAAAGCACAACUCGUGGAGAAAGGAAAUCCAUCUUCACUGAAAAGAAACCCAAUCAAAACCAACAAGUAUGGUAAAGAGGGUAAAAUGCCACAAGUGAAAAAUGCGAACAAGAUGGGGACAAAUGAGAGACUGAUAAAGAGUGAUAAUAAAGGGGAGACAAUCAAGCAAGGCUGGACAGUGGGAGAAAACAAGGAGAAAUGUAACGUUUCUAGGCCGCGUGUGCCAACACCACCAGCAUCCCUACCACCACCAACCGAUAACACGCUAAUGGAGAGUGACAAAGAAAAAACAAUCCAAAUAGCUGAAAAUGAAAAUAACGACGGUUUGUCCAAGACAGUUGAGGACACACCAGGAAAUAGUUCUCUACAGGAGAGGAGGCCUUGUGAGAGUUUGGAAGGGGCCAUGGAAUUCAACGACACCCUUAAAAUGGACGAUAGUUUAAUGAAGAAUAAAACCAUGGCGAGACAGGAUAGAAAGAAUGAGCAUCAAGAUGUGUUAGUCUCAAGAAAAUCCGAAGUGAUCAGAGGGAAAACCAAGUUAGGAAAUAUAACAUCCUUGCAAGAACCAAAGAUUGUUGUUCGCCCCACACGAGGAAGUCACGCUGCCAGAAGUCUGGCACCAGCCAGUCUUAACAGUGAUGGCAAACCAAUACCGCGGCCAAGUCGUAGAUCUUCCAGUAAUCCGUCCACAGCUAAUGAAACUGAAAAACCGACUCACUUUGAAAAGAAGUUUCAGGCAAAGAAGAAACCAUCUCGUCCCAAGACAAGGGUAACGAUGAUCGAGACACCCAGAAAGCCGAUCUGGGAAAGAUACAAGAAACCCGAGACAAACUCCGCGGAGUGUAAAAAUGUGAAUACUGUGGGGAUGAAGAAGGUUACCAGAGUGCGGAGAGCAACGAACCCAUCGGCUCCCAUUACAUUUCCGCCGGAAAACAGUCCCAAGGCAUCUCUAGCAAUGUCCGAAACCGGAGACCCUAAAAUGUUGCCCUCUAAAAGCAACUCAAGUUCUGAGACAACUGUGGCAAUAUCUGGAACGGAAAUCUCUACAGCAUUUCCAACCAAGAUUAGCUCGGACAAUGACGUGGUUGCGGACACGGACGAUUCUUCAAAGAACAGCAAAGAGAUUAACUUAUUAGAUUUGCCAAUUAGCGAAAUUACUGACAUCGAGACAGAUCAACUCCACGGAGACUAUUCAGCUGUUAUCGCGAUCGGAGGCCCCGAACAAGAUUCCUCCACUGCACCUACCCAGCUUUUUUUGUCUAAAGGAAACAUGGAAUUGCUCAUUGACUUCGGUGAACCUGAGUUCUCGGUGGUAGGGUCAGACUCUUUAGAAACACUUGUUAAUCACAACUGUAGUCAAAGUGUGGAUCAAUCCAACAGCUCAGGAAAUCUACAUAAUUUGGAAAUCCCGGGAAAGCUAAUUACUAGUGGUGAAGACUCAUUAACUGAUCCAUACCAGGACGUAUCCAUCCAUUCAGAAAAGCAUACAUGUGGAAAUUUGGUUUACUCAAAUUUGUCGACACAAGGAAUGCUUAAGCCACUGAAAGUUCAGACUGAGGACAGUGAAAAGUAUGUAAAAAAAGAAGAGACAUCAUCCAAACAGAUACUGGAAGUGAAUCAAAACGAUGCUCCUGUUAUAACUUCGUGUAGUAGCAAUGGCGCAGCAAACUCAAAAGUAGGAAAUGAGGCAAAUUCCCAGAUAUCCCCAUAUUUUGACCUGGAACAAGUACAAUGGAAUUCAGGUUUAUGUGCUCGAGACUUGAACGAAAAACCGAAAGGUAAUCAGACAUUAUGCAUCCAGUGCAAAAGCAGUCCUGUGGUCCCGCUAUUAUCAAAUAAUGUUUGUAGUGACAGUUCUCAUCACAAUGGUGUAUCCAACGAGUCUGACGGAUUGAGCGGUUUAAACAAUUUGAUGUUUACACAACUUUCACAGUUUGGACAAAACAGACCAGUCCAGCAAAUAUCUGAAGCGAAUGGGGUUCCUCUAGCUUCCACCUCCGGUCCCACUGGAAUACCGCUCACGACGCCGAUUCACGAUCAAGAGCGGACUUAUGAAGAGUCUAAUUUAUUAGAAGGCUUGAAGAAAAGCGGUGAAAAACCACUAAGUGGUGAUAGGGCCGUACAAUCCUCAACUCUGGAUGUUUGUAAUGAUGUGAAAGAUUCAGCCCAGCAAAUAAUUGAUGAAGGCACACCAGUUAAAGCCCACAAGAAGGUUGACAAGAACUGCAAUGAACAAAGAACAGACCAGGUAGACAAAAGCGAUGUUUCACGGAUGGAAGAGUCGUCUGUUACUUUGAGGAGAAAAAGGAAGUCUUUUAUACCUAUCCCAAUAAGUCGACUGUCUUCGAAUAGGAGACAUGAGACAUCAAUAGAUAAUUCCAGGUUAUCAGUUUUGGAAAAUCGAUCAUCUGAAGUGCCUGACCAUAGAGUCAACUUACCAACCGAAUCAUGCAAGGAAACGUUAAAAGAUGGGGAUGGAGGGCGGAAAAGCCCUGUCAAUUCUAGAAGUGAGGGAGACGAACGUAGUGCUGAGAGAAUUGCACACAGAAAAAAGAUUAGUAUCUCUGUGGGACCAAGCACGAACAAAACCUUUCGUCUGCGAACGGAGUCUUUAAAAAAGGACGUUGUGGAAAAGGCAUCUAAGAAGAAAUCCACACGAGUUACUCUGAAGAGGUCCAAAACAGCUCCAAGUCCCAGAUCGACGGACGCUUCUGAACAGAGCGUAGCUAAUGCCAAAGUGCGGGUGUCUAGAAAAGACCGACUGUCUGGUGAAAAGGAGGACGUCAGUAAUAAACACGCAAUCAACAAACGCCCUAUCAAGAAAAGAUCAAGUUCAGACAUGGAGGGUAAAUUCUGUUCUCAAGAGAAUGAGAAACUGAAUAUUGAUAACGAAAAUGGAGGAAUUGAACAAGAUGCGGACAAGGAUAAAACGUUAGUUUCCGUUGUUAAAGCUGAAAUACCACCAACUUUGAAGCCAAGCCCAAAAAUCGUAAAUGUUUUGUCAGAAAGCAAUCCAGUAAUAAGCGAAUUGGACCCACUACACGAACAUGCCGACAAACAUCAAACAAGUCAUGCAACUAUUACUUUCAAAUAUCCACGAACUUUUGCCCUGAAAGACUUCUGUCCAAAAGUAGAUUGGUCCAAUUGCGAUGAACGAGCGCAGUCAGCGGUUGAUCCUAAAAGAACACCACGAAAGGAAAAUCCAGACAGUGAGUGCUUUGAGAGCUUGACACAAACAGAACAAAAGCAUCUUACUGAAUGCAGACGAUCGGGAUCACUAAGUAACUGUAAAGAAGAGACCACGAAAGAUCAACGUGAAAAUGUGUUGAAAGAAACGGGAAAACAGAUCAUUGAGUCAUACUUGGAUAAACAAGUGGAAAUUCGCAAGUUGUCCCCCGAAGCUCGUCAUCGGGAGGUCGUGCGCUGGGCCUGUGACCGUAAUCAACAUCUGCCCACCGAACAUGUUCAUUAUUCCUCGGAUAUAAAGCUGCUUUCGGAUGAACUGACUGGCAGCAGGAAGGAACAGAACUUUGUGGGAGUGUGCUCAACACCGCACACUUUACUUCGUGGUAACGGGCGAUCCGAUGGAGAAGUUUGCUGCAGUAGAAAGCAGAGUAGCACCGCCACAUGCACACCACUGCUCAUGUUACUUAUCAAGGCUCACAUGCAGCAGCUGUCUCAGUCUUAUCCACAAAUUUCUCUGUGCCUGGAGAAUUACCGAAACUAUUAUCCUCUCCAAAGAAAGAUACUUCUCCUGAAUCCGUUCUGUUUUAUUUCCUUGGAAUACCAAAACGAGUUAACCAAACCCGUUUUGCUGAAAGCGCUUUCUGGUCCGAUGAAGAGAGAUGAUGUGAAGGUGACGGAAGUUGGGGAAGUUACAUAUCAAACCGAAAACUGGGAAACACAGCAAGAGAUCCCCAGUCAAGAAAACGUGACCAAGCAACAAAUGUAUCCAUUCGACCCUGCAAAACUGGGAAUUGUUUUGAAAUGGCUUAUUGAAAAAUUCCAUGAAACAUCUCAAUACAUGCAUAUGAUGGAAAGUCAGCAAAAUGAGAGGAUGACGGCGUCAAUGAAGUCCUGUGACUCCCCCAAUACCCAUGAUUCCAUAGCGGAAAUGACGUGUGAUGAAGAGAUAAGUUGGUAUGGCGUAUUGCGUUCCUCAAGCGAGCAGGGGCUGGUAGAAGACAAGUUUACAACAGACAGGAAUGCGCUGAUGUCAGACUGCAAUUGGACACAAGACCAUGACACGUCCACAGCUGGGAUCAACUCUGAAGAAGAUGAGGCCAUCAUACCGAUAUUUUCUCAUGUAGAAGAUGAAACAAGCCAUAUGACUGGUUUGGGGGACAAUACCGAGACGGCGUUAAGGAUUGGUCAACACCAGGAGGAUCACCAUACCUACAGAUUUGUGCUCUAUUCUUCUAUCGGGGCUCAGAGCGAGAAGACAAAGAAACAUCCGGCGUAUCCUGCAUUUGGUAAGAGAUUAAUAAGCGAAUUGGACCCACUACACGAACAUGCCGACAAACAUCAAACAAGUCAUGCAACUAUUACUUACAAAUAUCCACGAAGUUUUGCCCUGAAAGACUUCUGUCCAAAAGUAGAUUGGUCCAAUUGCGAUGAACGAGCGCAGGCAGCGGUUGAUCCUGAAAGAACACCACGAAAGGAAAAUCCAGACAGUGAGUGCUUUGAGAGCUUGACACAAACAGAACAAAAGCAUCUUACUGAAUGCAGACGAUCGGGAUCACUAAGUAACUGUAAAGAAGAGACCACGAAAGAUCAACGUGAAAAUGUGUUCAAAGAAACGGGAAAACAGAUCAUUGAGUCAUACUUGGAUAAACAAGUGGAAAUUCGCAAGUUGUCCCCCGAAGCUCGUCAUCGGGAGGUCGUGCGCUGGGCCUGUGACCGUAAUCAACAGCUGCCCACCGAACAUGUUCAUUAUUCCUCGGAUAUAAAGCUGCUUUCGGAUGAACUGACUGGCAGCAGGAAGGAACAGAACUUUGUGGGAGUGUGCUCAACACCGCACACUUUACUUCGUGGUAACGGGCGAUCCGAUGGAGAAGUUUGCUGCAGUAGAAAGCAGAGUAGCACCGCCACAUGCACACCACUGCUCAUGUUACUUAUCAAGGCUCACAUGCAGCAGCUGUCUCAGUCUUAUCCACAAAUUUCUCUGUGCCUGGAGAAUUACCGAAACUAUUAUCCUCUCCAAAGAAAGAUACUUCUCCUGAAUCCGUUCUGUUUUAUUUCCUUGGAAUACCAAAACGAGUUAACCAAACCCGUUUUGCUGAAAGCGCUUUCUGGUCCGAUGAAGAGAGAUGAUGUGAAGGUGACGGAAGUUGAGGAAGUUACAUAUCAAACCGAAAACUGGGAAACACAGCAAGAGAUCCCCAGUCAAGAAAACGUGACCAAGCAACAAAUGUAUCCAUUCGACCCUGCAAAACUGGGAAUUGUUUUGAAAUGGCUUAUUGAAAAAUUCCAUGAAACAUCUCAAUACAUGCAUAUGAUGGAAAGUCAGCAAAAUGAGAGGAUGACGGCGUCAAUGAAGUCCUGUGACUCCCCCAAUACCCAUGAUUCCAUAGCGGAAAUGACGUGUGAUGAAGAGAUAAGUUGGUAUGGCGUAUUGCGUUCCGCAAGCGAGCAGGGGCUGGUAGAAGACAAGUUUACAACAGACAGGGAUGCGCUGAUGUCAGACGGCGAUUGGAUACAAGACCAUGACACGUCCACAGCUGGGAUCAACUCUGACGAAGAUGAGGCCAUCAUACCGAUAUUUUCUCAUGUAGAAGAUGAAACAAGCCAUAUGAUUGGUUUGGGGGACAAUACCGAGACGGCGUUAAGGAUUGGUCAACACCAGGAGGAUCACCAUACCUACAGAUUUGUGCUCUAUUCUUCUAUCGUGAUGUUAAAAGUCGAAAGUCCACAACCACGACGGAAAACUUUGGGAACAAGGGAGGCUACUCCAACAAGACAAAUCUCGAGGGAAAGGGGGCAAAACUGCGACCCUGACAAGUCACCUGGAAGAAGAAUUUGGGACAAAUUGGGGCUCAGAGCGAGAAGACAAAGAAACAUCCGGCGUAUUCCUGCAUUUGGUAAAUCAAGGGAUUCUGUUCGGAGACGUAUGGGCUUUCUAUUUAGCUGUCUGUCAAAGCAGAAACAGCGCAGUCGGGCCUGAUUUGGCACGAAUUACAAGUUGUAUGAGAUUGAAAACGUCGAUAAUUAAAACUGACAUCUAUUUAACGUUGUCUACAACAAGAGAUUAGGAAAACAAAGAUAGACAAAGAUUAUUAAAACCCUGUGUGUAGUUUUAUUGUAAAUUAUCAUUUCAGUAUAACAGAAUAAAUGAGUUAAACUAUUGAAUAUUCAAAUAAAACUGUGUAAUGUUUCCAAAGUUUUACACAAAUGUGUGCUCCCAUUUUC